AUGUCUGAUUACCGGAUUCGUCUGUACCAGGACUCGGACUAUGACAGGGCGAGAAAUCUUUUUGCACAAGGCACCCUGGAGCACCAUCGAGUGGCCUUCAACCAUGCCUUCACACUGCCACACAUUUGGAUUAUUAUGAUUGUCGUUUUAAUUCUUCCGAUACUAAUAUUCCAAUCAUUUAUGUUGUCCAUUCUGUGUGUUCUCCUGCCAUUAGUUGCUUUGUGGUUUGGUACUAGAGAUCUGUAUGGGUCCUAUGUUAAACAUGCCCUUUCCGAUGACAUGUUGGAUGUCAAGAAGUACUACCUGCAGAGGGAUGGUUACUGCUUCUGGGUGGCUGAGUCUGCUGGAGAAGUCGUGGGUAUUGUAGCAGCUACACCAUCCUUUUACGCUGGAGGAGAACGGCACCUAGAGCUAAAGAGAAUGUCAGUUGCCCAGAGCCAUAGAGGCAGAGGGAUUGCAAAGGCCUUGUGCAGGACGCUCAUUGAUUUUGCACGAAAACGUGGGUGUGAAGCCGUGAUCUUGGAGACCACCACUGGCCACCUGGCAGCUCACGUCUUGUACCAAAGCAUGGGAUUCAAGUUUCAACAUUCAACUUUUCUAAAACACCCUCUUGCAAAAGUUGUGGAUUUUAAGUUUUUUUUAUACAAAUUUGACAUUCCAAGUAAUCAAUGA